AUGCACUAAUUUUUACCCAACUAACUCAUCUUUGAUUCUUAUUCCUCAAUCAAUUACUGGAAUGCAUAUUAGAAUCUACAAAACUCCUAUUACAAUAAUUUAUAUGCUUACUAAUAGAUGGCUUACUCUUAACCAUUCCCAUAAUAUCCAUAGAAACUUCAAUAAAAUUUUGAAUAAGGUAAUACUCUCCUCUAAAUUAUAUUUAGUACAUUACUAUGAAGACCCAAUUUCUACUUAAGGCACAAGAAGAUCGAUUGUAGAAUAUUAAGAUGUGAUACCAUAAGUCACAAAUUAAACUCUCGAACGAUAUAUUAUGAUGAUUGUAAAUGAAGACGAAACUUUCAAGAAUAUACUAACAUAGCUAAAAAAUAGCAAUUAGAUUGCUUUAGUUAAAUUGUUAGAAAUGUUAGCCUAGAAAUAAAAAUGCUAAUAGAAAAGUAGAGAAGAACUUGUUAAGUUUUGCUUAAGAAAAGCAUUGAAAUUUAUAUUCCAAAGGAUUUAAGAGAAAUAUGAUAAAACAAGUAUUUAUAUGAUCAUAUAAUUAGAGACUAAUUUGAAAUCAGCAUAGAAAAUAUUCAUAUCAAUGGCAGAAAAAGAAACCUAAACCACUAUUAUGCUUCCAUUUAGAAAGAAUAGCAAAAACAAAACAAUGAAUUCUGAUUUUUUAAAAUAAAUUUUCUCCUCAAAAACUUUUGUUACUUACUAUAAAGAAUUCUUAAGUAUAAUUUCUAUUUAUUUUAGGCUGUUUAGAAUAAGAAAUACAAAAGGAUUCAAAAAAAAAAAUAGCAUCUCUUUGCAAUAAAAUUAUGAAUCAUAUUUAAGAUGAUAAAAGGGUAACUUUUAUUGUAUAUAUAAUUUAUAGUUUGAAUUCGAUGUUAAAAGAUUACCUUGGUCUUAUUCUAAUAUAGAAAAAGUUAAGCAGGCCGCUUAAGAAAUGUUACUUUAUUCGAAUUUUGAGAUUAAAUGA